AUGAGGUACAGCCGCCACCCAAUGUGGUGGGUGGCUGUGCCCACCUCGCGUGGAGGUACAGCCACUCACCCAAUUGGUAAGUGGCUGUACCCUACUCGCGAUUUACUAUAUCAAACUGCCGAGUGGGUUCCCACGACCCUUCUUUCCGACCAUCUCACCACCAUCCCGCACCUCAACCAGCUCAUCGCCCCUGGCGCCGCCGCCGCGUCCCUCGCCAACGCGCUGGGGUCCUCCCUCGCGUCGUCCCCCCCAUCCCCUUCUACCCCGCUCAUUCCUCCCCCAUCCAUAGUUUCCCGAUCGCACUUCCCCCUCGUCCCUUACGCUUUCCUUGCCCUCGUCCAUGGCCCGCCCGACGUCCUCUUUCACCGCCUCUCGUAUAUCUCCAUCGCCGCCGCCCAGCCCUCAAUCUCCAUUCAUUCAACCCAGCCCCAUCAGCGCGAGCGCAUGCGCGUCAUAUCGGGCUUCUCAGCCUUACCCAGAUCAUCAAGAUCAUCGCCUCCUCCUCCGCAUCGCUCAAUAGCUCCGGAUUUAAUUAGACUUCGUUCAGUACCAGAUUCGUUACUUCCUUCCGCUUCACUCAAUGGCAAUGCGGCUGCCGUCGCCGCUCUCUCUCUCGCUUCCCCAUGA